GGUAAUUUAUCUUACCUCGACACGGAAAGGAUGGGUCGAAUGUUGGGGAAUCCCCUUGUGCCUGUUCCCAUAAACUGAAAGGCAGUGAGUUUGAGCUGGAAUAUAAAGUUAACAGUGAUCUGUUAAACAAAUCAACAUGGCCCGGCAACCAAGUGUGACAAUCAGAAACCAGUUUGUGUAUCUCCUUGAAAAUGCCACCAUCAACGUAUUUGACUGCAUCGACAACAACACAGGCCAAAGAGACAUUUACUACAUACAGAAAGGGCGGAUCGAGGACUCUGUUCAGUUCCGGGAGACUCGACGAACACCGAGACAACAACCAACCUACAACCAACAACCAAACUGGCGUCCCCCCCAUUACUCUCCCCCCUCCUCCUCCGAAUCUUCCUCCGACGAAGAUGAAGAAGAGAACAGGAACAACCAACGCACAGACAUGAAAACAGACAGAUACAUUGAAAUUUUAGGUUCAAGAAGAACAGUCACAGAUACCGAAUUAAAAGAACUUGCCAACAAGCUACGAUUUGAAGACGAUAAAUAUAGAAAAUUAGCACUACACUUGGAAGUAAGCCAGGUUGAUAUAGACAGGAUCAGGAAGGAGUAUGAGAGAAAGGACAGGACAGAUAUGAUCUUUGCUAUCCUCAAAGUCUGGAAGUCAGCAUCUGGGGAGCCCUCAGUUAGUAACCUGGGUCAUGGUUUAGAACAUUGUAAUCUGAAGAAAUUUGUCACUGAAACAUUGAAUCCUUAGAAUGUCUGUGUGUGAGCUGUCCAUCUUAUAUGUUCACAUCAGUGCUCAUGUUGGUCAGUUGUAACCAGCUGAUAGGGUGAGCUCUCUGUGUUGUACAUCCACAUGUGUCUCUCUGGUGUCAGUUGUAACCAGCUGAUAGGGUGAGCUCUCUGUGUUGUACAUCCACAUGUGUCUAUCUGGUGUCAGUUGUCACCAACUGGUAGUGUGAGCUGUCUGUGUUGUACAUUCACAUAAGUGCUCAUCUUGGUCAGUUGUAACCAGCUGAUAGGGUGAGCUCUCUGUGUUGUACAUUAACAUAAGUGCUCACCUUGGUCAGUUGUAACCAGCUGAUAGGGUGAGCUGUCUGUGUUGUACAUCCACAUGUGUCUCUCUGGUGUCAGUUGUAACCAGCUGGGGUGAACUUUCUGUGUUGUACAGUCAGGUGUGUCUAACUGGUGUCAGUUGUCAACAACUGGUAGAGUGAGCUGUCUGUGUUGUACAAUUCCUUGGAACCUUCAAGGAAUUGUGUAUUAGCAUGAACAAAUAUAUUAAUUAUAGGUUCAUGUGAUUGU